GGUUAGUCACCCAAGCAAGAGUUCCCUUCUCCCCCACCCACCUUGGAUUGGGUCAGGUCCCUCGUUUCCCCCGUUCAUGACGUGCAUCAAGAUUCAAGAGCACCAGUUCUUCCGACGGAACAGAACGAGUGCCUCAGGAUGGUCUCGCAAGAACAGAUUCUUAGUGUCAGCGUCCUCACCUCUCCACCACCUUCGAAAAAAGAAGUUUUUUUUCCGUUUAGACGAGCGCGAGUCGUGUGCCGUCUCCUGACAACUUGAACCUCCUAGCCCCUCAGGCUGAGCGACUCCUCUUCCAUUCU